AGUCUCUACUUCUUAACUUAACCUUAACUCUAAACAUAACCCACCACCUUCCUUUAUUUAUGUAUAUAUAUAGCUUCCUCCUCUGUUCCUGCCCAGCUUAAUUUCAGUUUCUCCAUUUUUCCAGCACUCUCGUUUUUAUAAGUUUCUUGCUCCCAAAGAAAUAAAUCUGUGUGUGUUCAUGUGAAGUGUGAAACCUGAAAUCGAGAACAUAUUAAUAUAGACAUAAUAUAAAUUUAUUUAUACACAUACAAAAAAGAAAAAAAGAAAGAAAAAGAUGAGCUGCAAUGGAUGCCGUGUUCUCCGAAAGGGUUGCAGCGAGUCGUGUAUUUUGAGACCCUGUUUGCAAUGGAUCGAAACCGCCGAAGCGCAAGGCCACGCCACUGUAUUUGUAGCCAAGUUUUUCGGCCGCGCCGGCCUUAUGUCUUUCAUUUCCGCCGUCCCUGAAUCUCAGAGACCUGCGUUGUUUCAGUCACUGUUGUUUGAAGCGUGCGGACGAACUGUGAACCCUGUUAAUGGAGCUGUGGGUCUGCUCUGGACAGGGAACUGGCACAUGUGCCAAGCAGCUGUUGAGACCAUACUGCGCGGCGGAACGUUACGGCCACUACCGGAACUUCUUGGAGGCGGCGGCACAGGAACGAUGACGGCAACGACUCCUACAGCUGCCUCCGAUGAGGCCUCCGAGGCAGAAGUAACUUGCACAGACAUUUGGAAGGUUCGAGAUCCGAAUUCUGGCUCUCGAUUCUCGACGUCACGAUCCAGGUUGUCGCCGAAGCGAAAACGUUCCGAUUCUCCAGCUAAGCUACGAAACACCGCCGAUCUCGACCUCCGCCUUACGCCGAUCUUUCCGGUGAAACCGACCGCACGGAAAGCCGAUGUUCGUCGGCCGGUUUCUCCGUCGAUGAACUCAGAAGAAUCCGAGACGACGACCUGUUACGAUAGUUGCUUGGCUGAUCAGAGUGCAAUUGGUGGAGAUCGAAAGCUCCUGAACCUCUUCUUCUGAGUUUCUAAUCUAAACAAGCCAUGGCUUUUUUUGGUGUUCUUUCAGUUUUUCUUUUUUCUUUCUAUUGGGUUUAAUUACGUGAGUCGUACGUUCACGCGCGCUGAGGUUAAACUAUGUAAUAUUCGUCUAAUUUGUCUUUUUUCACUACUAGAAAGAGAAGGGCUUUUUCGGAAGUUUAAUUAGUUUCCGGGGAGUUUUUGUAAAAUUACCGGCGAAAGGAUUUCCCUCUUUCUUAUGAGUCUUUAUUAAGAGAAUAGAGGGGAAUAUGAUAUUUUGGCGGUGGCCCUUUUUCUUAGCUAUAUUUUAGUGUGACAUUGAAUAAAUCAAACUAAUUUCAUUUUCCUUA